GUUCCCCGAGAAACAAGGAAGUUGCAAACGUUAGGCAGCGACUGUUGAGUGCAACUUCCACCUCUGCAGGUGGACGUGACCACUGGCCGGAGGGUCCGCCGGUGUUUCCAAGCGUUAAGGUUACAGCAGUAGGCAGCAUGGGACUGUUGUCUGACCCCAACAGAAGACGGGCUUUGAUCAGCCUGUUGACCCGCCUCAAUGCUCCAAUCUGUGUGGUUUGCUACUUUGCGGGUGUGGCAUGGUUCAUGGGUUUGGCUUUUGAGCCGUUCACCCUGCGGACCUACAUGUCAGAGAAUGCUAUGGGAUCCACCAUGGUGGAGGAGCGCUUCCCUGCAGGAGAGAGGGCACUGGCCACGGGCAGAGAGUUUGCUGCUCACAAGAAGAAAGUCGGGGGGAUGCCAGUGGAUUGGCUGGUGAAAACUAUGCAGGCUCGAGGGCUGGAAGUGUUUACACAGAGAUUCUCUCGCACACUACCCUUUCCCGACGAAAACAAAGAGAGAUACAUGGUGAAAGGCACAAAUGUAUACGGCAUCCUCCGGGCUCCAAGAGCUCCGCGGACUGAGGCCCUGGUGCUCACCGCUCCCUGCAGCCAGGGCGACGACAACAGCCAGGCUGUGGGACUACUGCUCGGCCUGGCUCAUUACUUCCGGAAUCAGAUAUACUGGGCCAAGGAUAUCAUCUUUCUCGUAAAUGAGCAUGAUCUGAUUGGUAUGCAGGCUUGGCUGGAAGGUUACCAUCACACCAACACUACAGGUAUGGACUGGUCUCCACUACAAGGUCGUGGGGGUUCAAUCCAGGCAGCCUUGUCCUUGGAGCUUAGCAGCGAUGUUGUCACCAGUUUGGACAUAGUACUGGAAGGCCUCAAUGGCCAGUUACCCAACCUGGAUUUAACAAACCUCUUCUAUGCCUUCUGUCAGAAGAUAGGAGUCCUUUGCACCAUCCAGGGCAAGCUGCAGAGGAAUGACUGGGACAGUGUGUCAGGCUACAGCCAUGCAGUUCAGACAAUGAUGCUGAUGGUAAUGAAGCAGGCCAGUGGGCGUCCUUGGGGAGACCAUGGUCUGUUUCUCCGCUACCACAUUGAGGCUGCCACCAUCAAGGGCAUCAACAGCUUCCGCCAGUACAAGACUGACGCCACCACCAUUGGCAGGCUGCUGGAAGGAAUGUAUCGUAAACUGAACAACCUCCUGGAGCGUCUCCACCAAUCUUACUUCUUCUACCUCAUGCCAUCUCUGUCUCACUUUGUUUCUAUUGGAUACUACAUGCCCGCCUUUGGCCUCCUCGCCGUUAUCCUGCUGCUUCGUGCCUUAGAUCUGUGGGUUCAACUCUCGACUCCACCACCCAGAACGGAGGAUGCAAUUGCUGAUCUUGAGCAGUCCAGUCCAGGAGUGCUCUCUGUGCUGACUCCUCUGGUGAUCAGCCACCUGACUGGAGCAGCUCUGUACAUGCUACCAAUCCGUUUUCAGGAGAUGGCUGUUGAACACUUCCCAGUUUCUGAGACUGAAGCUGUUGUCUUGACAGCCAUUGCUGUUUACACAGCAGGAUUGGCGUUGCCUCAUAAUACUCAAAGACUGCUGUCAGGUGAGGGUACGGAACAGGGUUGGAGGGUGCUGAAGCUUGUUGCCAUCCUGUAUCUGGCUGUGCUGCUGGGUUGCACUGCCCUCAUCAACUUCUCCCUGGGCUUCAUCCUGGCUAUCACCCUGGUGCCUGUUGCUGCUUUCGUCACACCCCAUGUGCCCAAAGCUCUGUCAGCUUUCAUCCUGGUCAUCCUCAGUCCUGCCUGCACACUCCUCUUUUCAGUCUUUUUCUUCCAAGAGCUACAGGAAAUGCCCAUCAGCUUCCAAGAUGGUUGGUUGCUGUACCUUUCCGUCAUUUCACAGGGCAUUUUGGAUCACAGCCUUUAUGGAUCUCUGGUGUACCCACUCAUUUCCUUGCUCAUCUAUCCAUGCUGGCUGCUUUUCUGGAACAUCCUCUUCUGGAAGUAGCCCGCAGGCUCACUGAAGGAGUUUGAGUUUACAGCCACCCUCUAAGAUGAUCUCAGGUUUGUCUGUGCAGGAGGAAUGUGAAGAACUAACAGUUAACUCCACAGGAACGUUUAGAAAAGAAGAUUUGCUUUAGAGAAAAUGAAAUACUCAUUUCUUGGACAAUUUGUUGGUAUAAAAAUAUUUACCCCAAGUAUUUCAUUCUUUGAACACUGAAGUCAUUUAAGAAUUAAAACAGUUUUAAACUAAGCAGAAUGAAUUGUUUUGUACUCCUAGAAUGAUUAUAAACGUAUAAAGGAGAAGGGAAGAUGUUCAUUUUACUGUCAGGUUGGGGACAAAGUUUCUGUGUUUGUGGUACGUAAAGAAUAAUCCACUAUUGCGUGUGUACUACCAAGUUUCUUUUUAUCAAACAUUUUUAUAUUUGUUUUGAAUUUUUUUAAGUUUAUUUAUAACUACCAAAAUAAAGAUAUAAAAAAAGUUUAA